AUGAGGUUGAUCAAUGAUGGCUUUGUUUCUAUUGUGGAUGCGGAUGAAGACUUGAGAAUCAGAAAUGUGUUCUGGGUUGACGCACGAAGUCGAGCAGCUUAUGAGUAUUUCGGAGAUGUCAUCACAUUCGAUACGACAUACCUAACAAAUAGAUAUAGUAUGCCUUUUGCUCCCUUUGUUGUGGUCAACCAUCAUGGGCAGUCAAUACUAUUAGGGGCUGGCUUGAUUUUAGGCGAGGACACAGCUACUUUUGUAUGGUUGUUUCGCGCAUGGUUGCAGUGCAUGGAUGAUCGAGCUCCAAAAGCGAUAAUAACAGAUCAAGACCGAGCAAUGAAGUCUGCUAUUGCAUUUGUAUUCCCAAACACUCGCCAAAGAUAUUGUCUAUGGCAUAUACUGCGAAAACUUCCCGAGAAAUUGGGAUCUCACUCCCAAUUUAAUAAUGGGUUGAAGACUUCCAUUCUUAGUUCCCUAUAUGAUUCACAGACAUAUGCAAAAUUUGAAGAGAAGUGGGGGCAACUAAUUCAGAAGUAUGACAUUGGUGAUAAUGCAUGGUUGCAAGGGUUAUAUAAUGAGAGGUCGUUCUGGGUACCAGCUUACUUAAAGGGUGUAUUUUGGGCUGGCAUGAGCACUACACAACGGUCUGAAAGCAUGAAUGCUUUCUUCGAUGUAUUUGUGCAUUCUAGUACAACACUAAAAGAAUUCAUAGAUCAAUUUGACAAUGCUUUGAGGAAAAAGGUAGAGGUCGAGACUACGGCUGAUUUCAUGUCCUGCAACCAAACUAUCCCAUGUGUAUCUCCAUUCCAGAUUGAGAAGCAGUUUCAAGCAUUGUAUACAAACGCUAAGUAUAAAGAGGUCCAGAAAGAGUUGUUGGGGAUGAUGUGUAGUAAUUGUCUAUUUCUCAACAAGGAAGGUUGCAUUUCCACAUUCGAUGUUUUGGAUGAAAUUACUAUUGAGGAUGACCAUGUCAAAACCGUCAAGUACACAGUUUAUUAUAACGAGGAGGAGUGUGAACUGAAAUGCACAUGUGCAUUAUUUGAGAUGAGGGGGAUCCUUUGUAGACAUGUACUAAAAGUUUGUCAGAUGAAGAAGAUUCACAGUGUACUAGAGAAGUACGUCUUAGAUCGAUGGCGGAAGGACUUGAAAAGGAGAUACACACUGGUCAAAAGUAGCUACGAUGACAUGCGGCAAAAUGCAGACGCACGAAGGUAUGAGCUUGUUGUGAAACGAUGUCUAAAAUUAGCAACCCGUGUAUCCCAGCGUGAUGACCAUGUGAAUGCAUUCAUGUGCCAUUUGGAUGAUUUUGAGAAUAACUUUAAGGGAUUACCACUUGAAUCUGGUUCAACUAAGGUCAGAGAAAACGUGGCAGUGGACAACGAUAAGAAAAUAUUAACCCCACACGUUGUCCGAGGGAAAGGGAGGCCUCCAUCGAAAAGGAAGGUUCCACCUGUGGAGAAGGCUGCGACCAAACGAAGAAAGAAACAGAUUUGCAGGAAAAUAUUUGAUGAUGAAUCACAACAUGGUAAGGUAUCGGAAGCUCAAGCUAGUGCUAAAGUGGAUCAACUUGGUUCUAAUGUUGAUGAUAUUCUUGUUGAAACACAAUGUAGUACAGUUACACAACCAACACCAUUGGGCACUGAUGAGGUCGCGGUUGUGUCUUAA